UUAUCUCCUUCAUUCUUCUUCAGAGCUCUAAUCGAGCGCGGCUGGCACAAAGCUCAUCAUGGACGGACAAGUUGCAGGAACUUCAAUGGACGUGGAUGGUGAAGAAUAUCACCAAAAUCAAGUACCAAUCUCGCGUUCAUUGAGUCCUGUACAACGCGCCUCCUCCGUGCCACACCGUCUGCCUCAUUUCACCGUCGGUUAUGUCUAUUCUGCAGACAUGAUGCUCCAUUCAUCAGCAACUGGGGAACACCCAGAACAGCCAGAGCGAAUAUCAAGAAUUCGUAUGGCAAUUCGCGACGCGAAUUUAUUGCAGAAGAUGAAACAAAUCCCGAUUCGUCCUGUAAAGCGAGACGAAGCCCUUCUUGUCCAUUCUCAAGAACACUGGCACAAGGUUCUUGCGAUACAAUCAAUGACACAGUCCGAAAUCUUUGAAUCAGAAGCUUAUUAUGAGUCCUUAUCUCUUUAUGUUACGAGUGGUACUACUCGAGCUGCCCGCUUGAGUUGUGGAGGCGUGAUUGAGGCUUGUCUCGCAGUGGCUCGUGGUGAGCUGAAGAAGACCUUUGCAAUAGUACGACCCCCAGGGCACCAUGCUGAGCCUGAGGAGCACAUGGGUUUCUGUUUUUUCAACAAUGUUGCUGUCGCCGCAAAGGUGACACAGUUUCUGACUCCAGUCAGAAAGAUUUUGAUACUCGACUGGGAUGUACAUCAUGGAAAUGGAACGCAGCGUGCUUUCAAUGAUGAUGACUCCGUUUUGUAUGUCUCAUUACAUCGCUACGAGCGAGGGCAAUUCUACCCUUGUGGAUCGUUCGGCAGCAUGGAAUCUUGUGGUGAAGGGCCUGGUCUCGGCUACUCUGUCAAUAUACCUUGGCCGCGAAAGGGCAUGACAGAUGCGGAUUACAUCCACGCCUUUCAACAAAUCGUGAUGCCAAUAGGAAUGGAAUUUGCUCCGGACCUGGUGAUUAUCUCUGCCGGCUUUGACGCUGCCGAAGGGGAUGAUCUUGGCGAAUGUUUUGUUACCCCAGCGGGAUACGCACACAUGACACACAUGUUAGCGGGACUCGCCGGUGGAAAUUUAGUCGUCGCCUUGGAAGGUGGCUAUAACCUUGAGUCUAUAUCUAAUUCCGCUCUCGCAGUUGCUCGCACACUUCUCGGCGAGGCUCCUCCUGAGCUUCCCCCGAUGGUUGCGUCGGAAGCAGGGACAGAAACGGUUUGGCAGGUCGCUAUGGAGCAGAGUAAAUACUGGAAGAGUGUGAACCCCAAGGCCUGUGAACCCCGAGAAGAGGUCGAAGAAAUCUCGUUCUCAAUCCCAGAAAUUCUCAAGGGCCACAGACAACACUUUCUUUACACGCAAUACCAAAUGCUCCAGGUUCCACUGAUGACCAAGAUGUUCGAAGAGCGUUUCGGCUCUCAAGUUAUGUGCACGAGUGACUUCUUAGAGAAUCCUACGAUUAUUGUAUUCGUCCAUGAAUUCGGGAAUCUGCGCAUAGAACUAGAUGGAAAACCCACGUGCGACGUGCAGAUGGAGAACUCGUACCUAAUCGACUUUUCGAAGGAACUCAUCUCAUGGGUCAGGAAGGAAAACUAUGCCCUGCUCGAUGUCAAUGUCUUCCCGAGACCAUUUGCCUCGCCCUUGCCGCGCAAUCACAAACCUGUAGAGUCGUGGUCACGAGACGUUCUUACAUACCUAUGGGAUAACUAUCUUCAGCUUUCGGGAGCGAAAAACAUCAUCUUCAUUGGUCAUGGCCCCGGUUGUCAUGCGCUGAUGGAACUUAUUGAGCACCGUCCAGUUAACAUGAUCCGUUAUGUCAAUGCGGUGAUACAGGUUGUGGGAAACAUGAAGAUUCCGUUGAUACCCAAGGACUCAGAGGGGCUCCGAACGUGGUACUCCAAGAACUCGAUCGUGAUCGUUCAUCCAGAGCAUCCAGCAUUUGCUCCCGAAGCGAAGAUUCUCAAGAGACAUGGCAGAGUCCUUCAGAUCGACGAGAGCAAACCCAUCAAGCUCAUCAUGAAAGCGCUCCCUGUGAUCAAGGAGAAUAUUAAACAGUCCCUCGUAGGAAAACCGCAGUAGAGGCACUAUUCCUAAGUAUCAAACUCGCGUCACGCUGGGCUCCGUGGCGCAUCCUCGCCGUGUAUUGCUAUCUUGAACGCUAUCCUCCUGCUAUCCUAUGCUUAUCUAGAUUAGGUCCACGAGGCC